AUGACUUCCGCCGUAGCGGAGCUGGACACCAUCUUGCAGUCCAUGCUCAAUCUCAAGCCUCCAGGCGUCUCUGGAUCCAAGAUCACCAGCAUCACAUCUCUGUGCACCGCCAACAUUCAGUCUGAAUCCGCCAUCAUUCAAAAGAUCUAUACCCACUUCAGAAAGACACCACCUGACCACAAGCUCGGCGUCUUGUAUGUCGUAGACUCAGUAUCGCGGCAAUGGGUAGAUCAAGCAAAGAAAGCCGGGCAGGCUCUAGGAGGUGGGGCUUCUGAUGGUACAUUUGCCGCAGGUGUAGCUCGAGUGACCGAACUUCUUCCUUCAUUCAUCAACGAAAUUCUGAACACGGCCCCUGAGGACCAAAAGGUCAAGAUCAAGAAACUCCUUGAAAUCUGGGAGCGAUCCAAUACCUUCCCCGCGACAAUGCUCGCGUCCUUCAAAGAGAAGCUGAACGCGCCACCGGCGAGCAGCACCACGCCUGUUGGAUCACCUGUUCCCGGGUUCACUCCUCUUGGUCAAGCUACUAACGGUCAAGCUCCUGCUCCAGCUUCUCAGGAUACAUCUGCCAUUCUCGAGGCGCUGAAGAACAUGCACAAGCAAAACACUGCCAGUCAGCCAUCUACUGCAUCCGCUGCUCCUCCAUCUAGCUUGAGUAAUCUCCUAGGCAACCAAUUUGGAGGCGCAUCGGCCAGUACCGUAAACCAAGGUCUUCCCACGACCAGUGCACAGGCUGUAAAUCCACUAGGAGCAAUGUUUCCGGGGAUGAGUAAUGGCACCGCGAGCCAGAAUAUUGCAAAUGCACCUCCAAACCAAAACGCUCUUGCUGCUUUCUUAGGCCAGCAUCAGGCUCAGGCUCAGGCUCAUGCUGCUGCUCCUCAAACUGUUGCUCCUGUCAGCGCAGAAGCUCAAUUGCAAUUCCAACUCAUCCAGACCCUGGCGCAAAACAACGUGCCUCCUGAACAGUGGGCGACUGCCUUGCAGCUAUUGAAUGCGCAAAAGGCCAGUGGUGAUAGUGGUAAUGCUGGGGCACCGGCUCAAUCAAGUCAAUGGGGCGGUGCUGCGUCACGUGAUCGAGGUGCUGCACAAACCCGAUCUCCUCCAGGCUUCGGUCGUCGUCGGUCUCGGUCGCCAGGUUCUGAUAGAAGACGGGGUGCGUCUUCAGACCGUGGUCGAGGUAGCCCUGCUGGCAAUCCCUUCCGUGAUGAUCGACGUGGAGGAGGUGACUAUCGGCAGCGUAGUCCUCAGGGUAGAAGACGUCGUACCCCUACUCCGCCAAGAAACGAGCCCAAUCUUCCUCCUCCAGGCCCACGAAACAUCCAGUACGACCGUUCACUCCCUCCUGGUCACAUCAUGGUCCUCAGUCGUACUCUCUUUGUUGGUGGCGUCACUCAGCGUGAAGCGCAACUUCGGGACAUGUUUGCGCAAUUUGGCAUUGUGCAGACCUGCAUAGUCAACAUUGACAAGCGACAUGCCUUCAUUAAGAUGCUCACACGCAAAGACGCCGAGCGUGCUCGCAACGGAAUGGAGGAUUUCCGAGACGGCUCUUCGCAGCUACGGACCAAGUGGGGUGUCGGCUUCGGACCUCGUGAUUGUAGCGACUAUCAGACGGGCGUCAGCAAGAUCCCUAUCGAGCGCUUGACUGACGCUGAUCGCAAGUGGAUGGUGACUGCUGAGUAUGGCGGCACUGGUGGACAGCCUCUAGAGCCUGGUAUGGUUGUGGAGGAACCCGACAUUGAAAUUGGUGCUGGUGUUUCAUCCAAAGCUAUGAGUAGACGUAUCGCCACCGACACUGGUGGUAGACAUGGACCCAAAUCAUCACGGCCUUCUCGCCGCGAUGAGCAGAACGAUGAUCGUCCGGGCUCUCGCAGUAACUUUGGCGGUAACAUGGGUGGCAGUAUGGGCGGUGCAAACAACUCCAAUCCCAACAACAUGCCAGUCAUGCCCUUUCCUUUCCCUGGAAUGGCCAACGGCAUGCCUAUGUUCCCUCCAAACUUCUUUCAGAACUUUCCCCAGCAGGGCGGCAACAACAACCAGUGA